AUGAAACUUAGCCCUCAUGAUAUCGCUCAACACAGUAAUCGCAAGUCGUGCUGGGUCGUAAUUCGUGGAGUAGUCUACGAUGUCACAGAAUUUCUUGCUAUUCAUCCGGGGGGUGCAAAAGUAAUCUUGCGAUAUGCUGGCAAAGACGCGACUAAAGCCUUUGAUUCUGUCCAUGCACCAGAGAUUCUAGGUGAACUACCUAAGACGUUACUGAGAGGCCACAUCAACCCAAAUGAAGUGCCAGUGUCAAUAGACGAGAAUAUUACGAAUCAAAAGCAGUUGGAACGAGAACAUAAUAGUCCUCCACCUCUGCGAACUUUGAUAAAUCUAUACGACUUCGAGAAAAUAGCCCAAAAAUACCUGCCGGACAAUGCAUGGGCCUAUUAUUCAUCUGGUGCGGAUGACGAGAUUAGCAAGCGAAACAACAGCCGUGCAUUUUCGAAGAUUGCAUUGCGUCCUCGUGCACUUCGCAAAAUUCCUUCAGUGAAUACUGCUACCUCUAUCUUGGGGUUUGCAUCCUCCUUGCCUGUUUAUGUCUCACCUGUGGGUAUAGCAAAGUUUGCCCAUCCAGAUGGCGAGUGUGCUCUGGCAGCUGCAGCAGGCAAAGAAGGACUAGUGCAAGUCCUGGCAAACGGAUCUAGCAUGCCGAUUGAGCGAGUGAUGAAGACUCGUAUCUCCUCAAACCAACCGAUUUUCCAACAACUAUAUAUAAACAAAGAGAUUGAACGUUCGGCUGAGACAGUUCGACGGGCUGAAAAGGCAGGCGCUGGUGCUAUUUGGAUCACUGUUGACUCACCAGUUGUUGGAAAACGAGAGAUGGAUGAACGGUUGAACUUGGCCAUCCCGGCUACUGAUAGUGACGAAGAGGGACAAGGCGUAGCUAAGAUGAUGGCUAGCUCUAUAUCGCCAUUCAUUGAUUGGGAAAUUCUUACCUGGAUCCGACAGCUUACAAACCUUCCUCUUGUUGUGAAAGGUAUACAAUGUGUCGAAGAUGCUGUGAUCGCGUAUCAACAUGGCGUAAAUGGAAUUGUACUUUCCAACCACGGGGGCCGUUCACAAGACACCGCACAACCCCCUCUUUUGACUCUUCUGGAGAUUCGAAAAUUUGCGCCUCAUCUACUGGAAAGUGACAUGCAAAUCUUCAUUGACGGCGGUAUUCGCAGAGGAACCGACGUACUCAAGGCUAUCGCACUAGGUGCGGAUGCUGUAGGAUUAGGGCGGCCCUUUCUCUUUAGCCUAUCUGCAGGAUACGGAGAAAACGGGGUACGACGAAUGUUGGCCAUUUUAAGACAGGAGAUCGAGGCGAACAUGGUAUUCCUAGGGGCCACCAAUCUGAAAGAGCUCAGACCUGAGAUGGUGAAUGCAAGUCGACUGGAAAAGGAACUCAUAGGGAAUGUGAAGUUAUAA